CUGGGCCCAUCCGUUUCAAACAGAGGAAAGUUCCCGACCCUUAAACGCAAUUUGUCCCCAGGUUCUGCUACACACAAACGAGCUGUCGGCGUCGGCACAGUUUGGAAAUAAACCCCACACCCCCCAUAUCUGAGGAGAAGAAGAAGAAAAGGAAGGAAGGAAGGAAGGAAGGAAGGAAGAAGCAUUAUCAAACGAUGCAAAGUUCUUGACCUCACUGGAGCUGCUGUGACUGAAGUUUAGGGACUGACAAGAUGCGUUCCAGUGUGGAGGUACCACCGAUCCCCCUUGGCAGAGGAGGAACUGGAAGCAACAACAACAAUAACAACAACAACAACAGCAGUGAAAACAGUGGAAACUCAGGUUCCCAGUAUGCACUAUGUGCUCUCGGGGUUGGGCUUAUUGCCCUGGGCAUUGUGAUGAUUGUGUGGAGCGUGGUGCCUGCAGACCCGGCCAGUAAUAGCAGCAGCUCAGGCGGGCAGGGGGACGCUGGCGGCAGGAAGAAUAAAGCGUCUUCCGUGGCGUUUGUGUUGGUGGGAUCUGGGGUGGCCAUGCUGCUGCUGUCCUUGUGUGUGGGAAUGAGGAACAAACAGCGGGAGCAGCUCCGGGAGGCCCAGAACCGUGCAGCUAGUGCGCAGGGCCAAAGAGAAACUGCUGAGGAACAAGCCCAGCGUUACGCUGUACCCAGCUAUGAAGAGGCAGUAGGCAGCGGCCAGUACCCUGUCCGUCAGAGCAACCUUCGCCCAAGCACCUCCCAGCUCCCUUCCUAUGAUGACCUGGUCCAAGUUGAUGGUGUCCAGUAUGAAUUUGAAGGGUCAGAGGUCAUGGCUCCCGGAUCACAGCCUGCUCCGGCUUCCACUGCUUCCACAGCAAAUCACAGGCCUGGGAAAACUAGCCGCAAGCUCCUGCCUAUCAAGAUCCGCAGGAUUAAAUCAGAGAAGCUGCACAUGAAAAACAUUGACAACUCUCAGCCAGCAGCUGGAAUCAGUAUAGAACCACUUACUCCACCACCGCAGUAUGAGGAUAAAGUGCCUCCUAUUUAAGAUCAAGCUGAUCGUGUUUAAAACAAUGUACUGAAAUUCCUGGAACUGUCUCGGAGGUGUCUCUGAUUACCUUCGUGGCUCUGGAUCUGCCUUGUGAAGCCGAGACUUGAAGGUUCUUGCAGAACAUUCUCGGUGGCACUUUGUUAUAAAAUACAGCACCUGUUCAAAUUCAUCGUUCACUCCAAAGCUCUGAGCAGAGACUCUCACUGGGUCUCUGAUACAGAUGGAUAUUGCCAGGCGUAGUUCCUGGCUCCUUCCUUACAGUGACGCAUUCUGUCACAAUGUGACACAUUGGCUUAAAAAUACACAGCGACUGCAGUUUCCUUCAUGUCAAAGCAGUUUUCUGUCUAUGAAUUGUCUUUAUGUAACUGACUGCCCGUGUGAGGUGACGGUGGAAGAGAUCAUAGGACACCAAUGAGCGGUUGUAGUGAGGAUUUGUUUGCACACUUAAAUAGAUAUGUGCAGGGCACUCAUCUUGUGAAGUAGCUGCAGUUUGGUGUUUUACCCUGGAGGAUCACUACUGCCGGUGGUUUACCAAAUGUAGACCGAGUGACUGAGCGCUGUGUGUACUCUCCUGGACUAGCCUGAUGUGGUAAGCUACACUGAAACUCUCCCCCAUUGUCAAAAAUAUUGUCUCUCCUGUUCCCCUAGAGCUUGUCAGCUAAUGGGAGACAAUUUUGAUAAGUGUUGAUCGGUGUUGGAGAGAGUUUAUACAGAGCUGGAGUCCUGUCCCACUUCUAUGUUAGAUACUGUUUCACUAGUUUUUGGUUCAGAGGGUUUUCUUUACAUAUUCUAAGAUGGGGUUUUGGACCGCACCAUUUAAGAAUCCUCUAUAUUUACCCAAGACAAACAAAUCCUUGUUAGCAUUUAUCAGCUACAGUUCCCAUGACUCUUAGCCAUAGGCACUUUACCAAAACCUAAUGGGAAAUGUAGCACUAUUUGUAAAAUGCUAACACAAUAUCUUUUGUUUUAUCUUGGAAUGUUACUGCCCAAUGUAGGUGUAUAUUUAGAGAACACUAGUUUAGUUUCUCAUUAGAAAGACUAAUGAAUAAAGGAAACCCCGUACAGUACAUGGUCUGGCCAAGGGCAGUGGAAAGGGCUAGCUUUAAAAUGGGAUGGGACAUCAACUGUUCAUGAUGUCAAGGUUGUGCAUAUUUCUUUUCUGUGUCAGUAAAUCAGUAAAUGUAUGCAUUUAGAAACAAGGCCCUAGUAUGCUGUCAGGUUAUCGUUUGGUCAUGGUAAGCAUGCCAUUGGAGUUGUGUUUCUGGCUAACAGACAAAUGAAAGUCCAAAUUUCACUUGCUUUUUAGCUCUGGUUAUGAUUCCACUGCCUCCCGAGAGAUAGCUGGGUCUUUAGCCCGCUAAAUGCUAAACUCUCCUCACUAUGAAGUGGUUUACUUUGGUCGUGGAUGCUUUGGGCUAGGCAGGGAGCCGUCGUCAUGUCUCUAGAGACUCAACCAUAGAGUCUAAAGGAGAGAAGGGGAGGGUGCUGUUAUGGAUUUUAUAGCUGAAAUUUAUACUUAUACUUACUAGUGCUGCACUAAUGGUCACCAUUAAAGGUCACCAUUGGUUUACUUUACUAACUACUGCUUUCCAGGAAGAUGACGGUCUCAUUUCAUGAAGUAUUUAAGGAGUGGUAAAGCAAACUGUUUCUGAGUUUUCCCUCAGGUUGUACACACUAGUACUAAAGUGCCUUUGUGUUCCUAACAUUUCAAUGGAUAUUAUAAGACUGAACCUGAGCUCUAAUGCUGCUUUCCCAGUGCAGUGUUGGUUUUACUCUGUGUGAGAGCAUGGUGAACGGAGCUUGUGAAUAGUUGAAAGCCUCUGCCCUGUAGCCAUGGUGAACACUGUUGAGCUGUGAAGGCAGUAGUGUAGUGUUUUUUUUCUUACUCGAGAUGACCAACAGAAAGACUCUUUGACUGUGCAGCUGCGCCAUAAUAACAGCAACUAUUGCUCAAUGGUUUGCUCAUCACCAUUCCUCCAACCACAGCUUGACUCGCUGCCCUGCUUUCAUUUUGACAUAUGCAGACAGCUCUACGCUCUGUUCAGGGAAAUGAGUGCCAUCACCAUAUAUUAUUUUAUCUAUACCUUCAGGUUAGACUCUCUAAGAUAUGAACAGCUGAAGCCAAAUGGAAGGAGUUGUCACCGACAAACAUUACGCAUUUUGUGAAAAAUAAUUGCACAACAAUUUUUUUUUGUCUUGUGGGACUAAAAUAACUUUUCAUUAGUGACUUCAUCACCCAGCUCUACACUGUGCACUUUAAGUAAAACUCAGUGUAGUUAAUGCAGAAAAGCUACUCAAUCAUUGUCAGGUUUUCUGUCCAGCAAAAUGCAACAAGGUCACUUCAGGUUUGUCAUUGUAAUUCACAACAGCUACAGUGUGUCCACAUUUCUCUGACUUGUUUUUGAAAUUAAAACUCGCCACACAGUUUAUAAAUUCUUUGUUUUUUUUGCUCUGUUUAGUGCUGCAGACAUUGUACCUCAUUUGCAUAGGACCAGUUAACUACAUGAUUGAUUUUAUUACUAUGUAGUGUUUGUAAGUGUUUUACAGUGAUGGAAACAUUGAGUGUUUGGAUUUAGCAGUCAAUUCCUGUUUUACAUACUGUAGAUGAAACGUGCAGUUUUGUUGUCAGUUUCAUUUAUCAUUGCUUUGUAUUACUUAAAUCUACAUUUUUAUUUUAUAUGUACUGUGAAAAUGUCCUUUUCUAUGAUAACUCUAUUUUCUAUUUCUAUUUUCUUGAGUAAAAACAAAUG